GACUUCACAUAAAAUUUGUCUCUUCGAUCAUCGCAAAAAUCAAAAUCUUAAAAUUACAUAAACACUUUGCAAAGGUUUGGACCACAUUUUCGUCGAAACAAUGAGCCUCUACUCGAGAGCAUUGCCAUUAGCAAGAUCCUUGCCUCAGAGAGGCAUAACAUCUAUUUUCAGCAGAAACUAUGCCCAAGGCGAAGAUAUCGUCACACACACUGGCCAAAAAUGGGAAAAUGACGACUACAGACUUGCAAGGUUCAUGCAUGCGCCUAAACAAGUGAACGAACAAUGGGCUGCAAAACUGAUUGCUGCUGUUCCUCCCAAGGAAGUGGACAAGCGCGUCGUGUGGUGCGAUGGAGGCAGCGGGCCCGAGGGGCACCCGCGUGUCUACAUCAACUUGGACAAGCCCGGUGAUCAUUCUUGUGGCUACUGUGGACUUCGCUUCAUCAAAAAGGAGCAUCAUUAGAGAUUGAAAUAGAGGAUUUACAUAAAAUGUUAGUUUUUAAUAAUUAAUUAAAUUAAUAAAUAACACAUUGUUUUCAGAAAGGCA